UAGGUGACUCUCCUUCCUGUGUCUGUUUAGCCAUGGAGGCUAUCACUGAUGCUCAUGAUGAUGUUAGUUGAUCUGAAGUGAAAAUGUAAACUUCUCUGUUAUCUAAAUGUUUGAUGAAUAUUUGAAUUGAUUUAUUUGUAGGUUGUUGUUUCUCUUCCACUGCAUAAGUCUGAAAAGAGAAAGCAUCAGACCUUCUUUAUCCUAGAUAUUUUAUUCUCUUUGGGUACAUAUUAAAGAAAUAUGUAAUCACAUUAGCAUUUUCUUUGUUUGGCAGUGAAAUGUUAUUGUUGUUAUGGGGUAUCCAAUUUUGAUCAUAUUCAAUGAGUGAGAUAAGAUUCAAACAAGGUGAUUGUGUGGAUGAAGUGAAUCUGUUAACAUUGAACAGACGUUACUGAUGGGAUGUGUGAACAAACUGAAGGUUUACAUGAUGAAUAAACUAACAUGAACAAAGUAUUGUCUUCUUGUCUUUAUUCCAGAGUAUCAUACAAAGAUGAAGAGAAAAUAUGAAACUGAUAUGAGAGUAGAACUGAGAUCGUUUUCCUCUUGAAACACCACAAAGUACAGUAUUCAUGUUUAGAGUUUAUCUCAGGGUGCUUUUUAAAACCAAUGAAGAGGAUUUAAAGCUUAAAAAAACUGUUAAAAUAGGCUAAAUUAUUUUGGAUAAGUGUGGGUGUGAAGACGUUUUGUUGUGUCUUGACACACAUGAAACAGAUAUUGUUUAGAUGAUUCUUUACAUGUGAUGUGAAUAAUAUUUGUAAAGUGGAAAGUAUUCCCACCCAUGUUUCCCAUGUGCCCUGAAUGCAGCAUCAGUGUUACAGGGUGGGACUCCUGUGAACAAACUGACACAGUGUGAUAUUACAUCUGUUUAAAUGUCAAUUUGAAUGUUAUUUGAAGUUUUUGGACAUGUCUUCCUGCAGUGAACAUCACAGCAGGUUAAAAAUGUGAAAACUGAUGCACAACACCAGAGGGCGCCUUCGUCCUGCUAACCAGACAUGUAGUGGAGGUUGAAGCAUCUUAGUUUAGACUAUACUCUGUCCUCAUAAUACAUACAGUAAUCUCCAGUGUUUGACAUUUUACCAUACCGUUGUGGUUUAUUCUUUACUGAUUGUAGCUUCUGCCUCCAGUUACUAAAAGUUCAGGAUCACUGCAGUGUGUUUGUUUUUAUGCUAAUGCUUUUUGUGUGAAUGAACACUAAUUCAUAAAACUUCACUGUUGUGAUGACAACGUAACUGCUAAAUGUGGUUCACUGUGACAAAACUCAAAAGCGUAUGUAUUAUAAUGUAAUUGCUCCAGAUUCAUCUAGUCAUUACAGUCUCCAACUUAAUAGCACAGUGAGUAACGUUCUGGUGCAUUCAUGACCUGUUGCAACGGAUAUAUGUUUACUAGUUUGUUUGCAUCCGACAGUGAAGUACAGUAAUCAUCAAAACCGUUUAUCAAAUUGUGUUUUUAGGAGAACAGAAAAGAAAAUUCUGAAACCUCUGCAGGCGUCUCUGAACCCUCUGAUUCUAAGAAGAGAUUACCUCCUAAAAGCUGAAGUGAGCAAAGUUUUUAAAUUAUAAAUGAGCUCUAUUGUAUACAAGUAUUGAACGCACAUUAUCUCUCUCAAACCGCAUCUCUUCCUGGAAGAAAUCAUAGCUUGGUAAACCCCUCCCUCCUCUUCCUCCUCUCAAACACAGCAAGUUCCACUUUGUCCAUAUAUGUCGUUGUUCCUUCCCCUCCGGAUCUACAGUUGUAAGAUGGGAGUAACCAACAUGUGGUGAGGUACAGGAGCUGACAGGCCCCAUUCGCUGCAGGAACACUCACUCUUUAGAUCACAGCUCAAACUACUUUCAAUUCCCAGGAAGUGAAACUCAGACAGGCGUUGUCACUGAGAGGAGAAAUGGCGCAGAAAGGAGUUCAGCUGGACCGGGAAACUUUCUUUUGUUCAAUUUGUCUGGAUCUACUGAAGGAUCCGGUGGCUACUUCUUGUGGACACAGCUACUGUAUGAACUGUAUUCAGACCCACUGGGAUGGAGAGGAUGAAAAGAAAAUCUACAGCUGUCCUCAGUGUAGAAAGACCUUUACACCGAGGCCUGUCCUGCUGAAAAACACGAUGUUAGCAGAUUUAGUGGAGGAACUGAAGAAGACUGAAGAACUCCAAGCUGCUCCUGCUGAUCACUGCUAUGCUGGAGCUGAAGAUGUGGCCUGUGAUGUCUGCACUGGGAGAAAACUGAAAGCCCUCAAGUCCUGUCUGGUGUGUCUGGUCUCUUACUGUGAUCAACAUCUUCAGCCUCAUUAUAACUCCUCUGUGUUUGAGAAACACAAGCUGGUGGAGCCCUCCAAGAAUCUCCAGGAGAACAUCUGCUCUCAUCAUGAUGAGGUGAUGAAGAUAUUCUGCCGUACUGAUCAGCAGUGUAUCUGUUAUCUCUGCUUAAUGGAUGAACAUAAAGGCCACGACACAGUCUCAGCUGCAGCAGAAAGGACUGAGAGGCAGAAAGAGCUCGAGGUGAGUCAACAAAACAUCCAGCAGAGAAUCCAGGACCGAGAGAAAGAUGUGAAGCUGCUUCAACAGGAGGUGGAGGCUAUCAAUCGCUCUGCUGAUAAAGUAGUGGAGGACAGUGAGAAGAUCUUCACUGAGCUGAUCCGUCUCAUGGAGAAAAGAAGCUCUGAUGUGAAGCAGCAGGUCAGAUUCCAGCAGGAAACUGAAGUGAGUCGAGUCAUCGAGGUUCAGGAGAAGCUGGAGCAGGAGAUCACUGAGCUGAAGAGGAAAGACGCUGAGAUGAAGAACAUCUCAGACACAGAGGAUCACAUCCAGUUUCUACACAACUACUCCUCACUGUCACCACUCAGUGAAUCUACAUCCAGCAUUGAUAUCCGUCCUCUGUGCUACUUUGAGGACGUGACAGCGGCCGUGUCAGAAGCGAGAGAUACAAUACAGGAGAUUCUGAGUGAGAUAUGGAAUAACAUCUCACUAGCUGUGACUGAAGUGGAUUUUUUACUGUCACAACCAGAGCCCGAGACCAGAGAUGACUUCUUAAAAUUUUUGUGUGAAAUCACACUGGAUCCAAACACAGCACACCAAGAGCUGUUAUUAUCUGAGGGGAACAGGAAAGCUACAUCAGUAAAAAAACUACAGUUUUAUCCUAGUCACCCAGACAGAUUCACUAGGGCUAAACAGGUCCUGAGUAGAGAGAGUCUGCCUGGACGUUGUUACUGGGAGGUUGAGUGGGAUGGGAGAGGGAUUCAUGUAGCAGUUGCAUGCAAGGAUAUCAGCAGAGCAGGGAGCUCGGAUGAAUGUGGGUUUGGACGAAAUGACAAAUCUUGGGCGAUAAAAUGUGACUGUAACUAUAUUACGUUUUGGCACAACAACGUUGAAUAUUCCACCCCAGGUUUAUAUCCCUGGAAAGCAGGAGUGUACCUGGAUCACAGUGCAGGUAUUCUGUCCUUCUACAGCAUCUCUAAAACCAUGAGACUCCUCCACAGAGUCCAGACUACAUUCACUCAGCCUCUCUAUGCUGGACUUGGUACUUAUUGGUAUGGAACCAGUGUUUGGAUUAAGCAGACAGAAGUAAUUUAAGGGUUAAAUUCUGCGCUUUAACUCUAAAACAUAUUUUGUCUCCAUGUUUGUUGCUGAGAGCUGAUUGUGGUGGCAUUUCUUCACUGCACAGAGAUCAGCUGUCAAUCAAACAUUAUGGGAUGUACUUUGACAUCUUCAUAUUAGUUGCUGUGUAAAUGUUUGAGUUUCUUUAGGUGACUCUCCUUCCUGUGUCUGUUUAGCCAUGGAGGCUAUCACUGAUGCUCAUGAUGAUGUUAGUUGAUCUGAAGUGAAAAUGUAAACUUCUCUGUCAUCUAAAUGUUUGAUGAAUAUUUGC